UUUGUCGCCGGUAGCGCGGCGAGGAACUGCAAGUUUCUUUUCCUUUGCUACCGUCCGUGUGUUCAGUCGCGACCCCUGUCAGUCGUCGGUGUAAUGAAACGCCUCUGCCUUGUACAAACGGAGAGUCAUUUUUGGUGAAAUGAAUUACCACAGCCUUCUCCUCAAUUCAAUGGACGGGCGUCUGUUGGCUGAAAAACGCUUCGUAAUAGCUCAGCAUUUUUUCGACGAUGUGUAUUUUUCUACAACAUUCAGAAGAUUCUUCACCAUCCAGCAUGACUUGCUUUUUAUGUUCCCUUGGUCAUCACUUUGAUAGGAUGUUGAUCAAGUGUUUCACUGUAUGGGGAACUGUCUUUGCAACAAGUCCUGCAGUUGUCCUCGGAAUUAUGCCAUGGAUUAUAAUAGGCACCAUGUUUGGAGCUACUCAAAUGGAGAUUACAACUGAUCCUAUUGAGCUAUGGGCAUCUCCUGACAGUCAGUCAAGAAUAGAGAAAGAUUACUUUGACAGCAGAUUUACUCCAUUUUAUAGAACAGAACAGAUUUACCUGAAAGCAGAGGACAUGGAAGAUAUUGUAUACAAUGAUUCUGGGGAAGAAGUGAUUUUUGGGCCCGUAUUUAAUAAAACAUUUCUGCAAGUAGCAAUUGAGCUUCAAGAAUCUAUAUCACAGAUUGGUCAAGGAACCGCCUAUGCUCUGAAUAAAAUAUGUUUUGCGCCUAUGGCUCUGCCUGGUGAAGAAGCCACUUUAGAUGAAUGUGUUGUACAAGCUAUUGGAGGGUUUUUUGAAAACAAACUGUCUGUUUUUAAUAGUUAUGGAGACGAGUAUCUUUAUCAUUUGAAUUCCUGUUUUCAAAAUUCUUAUGACAUUGAAUGUCUGGCACCAUAUGGGGGAAAUUUGGAGACUGCUCUACUGGUGGGAGGAUUUUUGCAAGAGGGCCCAAGUGAAUAUCGAAGAGGAAAUGCUCUAGUUUUAACAUUUCUUGUAAAAAACCAUGUCAACAAAACAUUACAGGAACCAGCAUUAGAGUGGGAAAAGCAGUACAUUGAAUUUAUGAAGAAUUGGAUUGAAAAUGAUAAACCAGAAUUUAUGUCAGUUGCCUUUUCCUCAGAAAGAUCAAUUGAAGAUGAACUAAAAAGGGUAUCAGAAGCAGAAGUAAUGACUAUUGUUAUCAGUUACCUUGUCAUGUUUGUCUAUAUAACUAUUGCCCUUGGUCGAGUUUCUUCAUUGAAAAGAUUGCUGAUUGACAGUAAGCUUACCCUAGGGUUCAGUGGAAUUGUCAUAGUAAUGCUGUCAGUGCUAACUGCUCUUGGCAUCUUCGCAUAUUCUGGAGUAGCAACAACAUUACUGGUCAUAGAGGUAAUACCUUUCCUUGUUCUUGCUGUUGGAGUUGACAACAUUUUUAUCAUGGUACAAACACAUCAAAGAGAAAGUCGACGUCCUGAUGAAUCUUAUGCACAACAUGUAGGACGCACCCUUGGGAAGGUUGGACCCAGCAUGCUUCUUACAACUCUCACAGAAUCAACCUGCUUUUUCCUUGGUGGUUUAUCAGACAUGCCAGCAGUUCGAGUAUUUUCUCUUUAUGCAGGAGUGGCAUUACUUAUAGAUUUUUUCUUACAAAUUACUUGUUUUGCCAGUUUGCUGGCUCUUGAUACUAAAAGACAAGAGGAAAAUCGCAUAGAUUUAUUUUGUUGCAUUCAGCAAUCAAAAGAUGAUGAUACGGAAAGUUCUGAAGGCUUUCUGUACAAUUUCAUGAAGAAUGUAUAUGCCAAAUUUCUCAUGCUCUGGCCAGUGAGAUGGGUUGUGUUGGUUUUCUUUGCUUUCCUGCUCUGUGGAAACAUUGCCCUGAUCCCUCAUUUGGAACCUGGUCUGGAUCAAAAGCUCUCCAUGCCGGAAGAUUCUUAUGUACUCCGUUACUUUGAGUAUAUGGAAGAUCUACUCUCCAUGGGACCAAACGUGUAUUUUGUUGUUAAAAAUGGACUUGACUUCAAAAAUAGAAGAAUUCAAAACAUCAUAUGUGGAGGACAAGGCUGUAAUUCAGAUUCUCUCAGCUCCCAAAUAUAUCGAGCAUCUGAAGUGCCAGAUAGUACAUAUAUAUUGAGACCAGCUUCAUCAUGGUUGGAUGAUUACUUUGAUUGGAUAAGUUUGGCUACAUGUUGCUCAGAAGAAUGUGGAGGUAAUGAAUGUGCUUGUUCAAAAACUUGGAAGCCAUCAGAAGAAGUCUUUCAGACUCGAAUAUCAGAUUUUCUGCUCCAUGCUCCCUCCACUGACUGUCCAAAAGGAGGUCUUGCAGCAUAUGGCGAAGCAGUGAAUUUUGUAACAACUGAUGAUGGUUUUUUUGAAGUACAAGAUACAUAUUUUAUGGCAUUUCACACAACAUUAAAGACAUCAGAAGACUAUUAUGAAGCAUUACGUUGGGCUCGGAAAAUUGCAGAUAAUCUCACAUACAUGCUGCAGGUUCAUUUGGGAAAUGAUGCUGUUGAAGUAUUUCCUUACAGUGUAUUUUAUGUAUUUUAUGAACAGUAUUUGGACAUAUGGGCAAACAGUUUGGAAUCACUUGGUUAUUCGUUGGUAGCUGUCAUGGUUGUUUCCUUCCUGUUCAUGGGAUUCAAUGUACUUUCUGCUUUAAUAGUAACCUUGACUGUAGCUAUGACAGUCAUUGAUAUUGCUGGAAUGAUGUAUUUGUGGGAUAUAACUUUGAAUGCUGUGAGCCUUGUCAAUCUUGUCAUGGCAGUAGGAAUCUCAGUUGAAUUUUGUAGUCACAUUGUACAUGCUUUUGCUCAGUCCUCAAAGAACACAAAAGAAGAACGUGUAACUGAGGCAUUGGCAACAAUGGGUAGUGCAGUUUUCUCAGGAAUCACAGUCACAAAAUUUCUAGGAAUUAUUGUCUUAGUGACAGCCAAGUCACAGAUAUUCCAAAUCUUUUAUUUCCGCAUGUAUCUGGGAAUUGUGAUAUUUGGAGCUGCCCAUGGACUCAUAUUUCUUCCUGUCCUUCUGAGUUACAUAGGACCAAGCAAAUGCUACAAAGAAAGAAACAAAAUAAAUUCUUCCAGAGAACCACUCAUUGAUACUAGCGCAAGGGCAAGAUCUGUUGAGGAAGGUGGGCAAUCGCCCUCGAGGCCACCUGCUGCAGAGCCGGAAGCUGAAUCACCAAUUUUAAGUGUAGAAGAACCAUCACAUUUGACUCCAUCUACUGUAGAACAGGGAGAUGAGCCAGCAAUUGUAAGUGUUGAAGAACCAUCACAUUCAAGAGCAUCUGCUGCAGCAGAAGAAGAUAAACCAUCAGACUUAAGUUCAUCUGCUCCAGAGACAGAGUGAUGAUUAUUCAGAUACUUCAUGUGUAGGGAACCCUCUUAAAAAUAAUGCUGCAUUGAAUUUUUAAAAUCAUUGUUUGCUUCAUUAAAAGCAUUCCUUAAAAACAUUUUUACUCUAUAAAUAAUUUAUGAAUCUGAAUCAUUUUUGUUUCCAA